AUGAACCUUCCUCGACGGAAGAAGCAGCACCGACAACCGGAGAUAAGAUGUCCGAAGCAACCAGUUCCUUGCAGUGGCUGUGGUGCAUUGCUGCAAUGCGCUGAACCGUGCAUUACCGGGCUCUAUCUUCGCUCGAAACGAGAUCAGUCCGAACCGAAGAGGAAAACUACGCAAGCACCAAACCAGAAGCACCGAAUCACCCGAAUUUGCCUCACAUUGGUCAAACCUUCGCCGACGAUGUACGAUUUCGCUGCAAUGUCGACCGAGCGCCGUAUCAAGACGCUAAAGAUGCGGCUGAAGAGUAUAGUGACGUCGCUGAACCUCAUUAAGACCUUCGUAGACGAUUACGAUGAGGAGACGCAGGCCGACGAAGUCCCUGUCCGUCUUGAGAGCCUGAUCAAGAUGUGGUCAGACUAUAAUACUUUCCAAAGCGAGCUGGAGACGCUCGAUGAAGCUGCCAUCGAGGCCCAUCUGAAGGAGCGGGCGUCGCUUGAGUCCGCUUAUUAUCACGUCAAGGGCUUUCUGUUGGCCCGAAAUAAAACGCCAAUUACACCAACUCGCCCGUUUCCUAAUCAUUCAGAAACGCAAUUCCUUCCGUCGGCAUCGCAGGUGCGUUUGCCCGACGUUAAACUCCCUGUCUUCGAUGGCAAAUUGGAAAACUGGCUUAACUUCCACGAUUUGUAUGUGUCGUUGGUCCACUCAGCUGUUGGUCUCUCGAAUAUCCAGAAGUUUUAUUACCUCCGAUCAUCAUUAUCGAACACAGCUCUUCAACUCAUCCAAACGAUCCCAAUAUGUGCGAACAAUUACCCGGUGGCAUGGAACCUUCUGCUGGAACACUUCCAAAACCCUGCUCGGCUGAAGCAGGCGUACGUAGACACUCUCUUCGAUUUCGCUUCUAUCAAAAGAGAAACGGCAACGGAACUCCACAGUCUGGUGGAGAAAUUCGAGGCAAACGUCAAAGUUUUGCAGCAAUUAGGUGAACGCACGGAGUAUUGGGAUAUUUUGCUCAUCCGUAUGCUCAGCACUCAACUGGAUCCGACGACAAGGCGAGAUUGGGAGGAGUACUCUUCGACCAAACCAGCGAUCACUUUCAAAGACCUGACAUCUUUCAUCCAGCGACGAGUUACGGUGCUGCAAUCCAUCCAGGCCAAGCCCAUCGAAGCUCAAUCGUCGACCGUUCAGAAGAAGCCAGUUCAGCGAUCCGUCUCGAGCCACGGAGCCAACCAGGUCAAUCUUCGGAAGUGUGUCGUCUGCUCAGACCAUCACCCUUUGUACAUGUGUGGAAUUUUUUCGCAGCUUUCAAUAGAAGAAAAGGAGAAAGAGAUACGCCGUCAUCAACUCUGCCGAAAUUGUCUUCGAAAGGGUCACCUAUCAAGGGAUUGUUCGUCGUCUACCAACUGCCGAAAGUGUCGUGGACGUCAUCACACGCAGCUAUGCUCGAACGAUUCCUCUUUUUCGUCGAACUCGAAGCCAGUCCAGUAUCCAAAACCUGCUACACCUACUCCAGCUACCAUUCCUCCGACCAUGUCCUCAUCUGUUACGGUCGUCGAAUCCAUCAGUUACGCUUCCGCUGGCCAUAAGAAGAAGACAGUUCUCCUUGCCACUGCUAUGAUCAUCUUAAUCGAUGACAACGGGGUCGAGUACGUUGCCCGCGCACUUCUGGACUCAGGAAGUGAAUGCUGCUUCAUCACGGAAAGGUUUUCGCAGCGCAUCAAGGCUCAGAGGAAGAAAAUCUAUCUUCCAAUCUCCGGAAUCGGUCAAGCGUCCACUCAAGCUAGGCUUAAGUUUUCAUCCACAAUCCGCUCUCGAGUUGGCACGUACUCCACCAGCGUCGAAUUUCUCGUUCUACCCAAGGUGACCAUCGAUCUACCAGCCACUUCCGUUGAUACUUCAACUUGGGACAUGCCACCCAGCAUUCAACUCGCAGAUCCGUCGUUUGACAGCACCAAUCCCAUCGAUGUCAUAAUUGGAGCCGAAAUUUUCUUUGACUUGUUCAAGGUUCCUGGACGCAUUCCUCUCGGCGACAAUCUUCCGGUAUUGCUCAAUUCCGUCUUUGGUUGGGUAGUAGCUGGGAAAUCUACAAUGAGUCCGUCUACCGCUCUCGUCGUUGCAAACGUCGCUACCGUCGCAGAUAUCCAUCAGCUCAUGGAAAAGUUCUGGACAAUCGAGGAAGACAGCACUUCGACAGCGUACUCCGUCGAAGAAGCUGCCUGCGAGGAACAUUUUUCUCGUACUGUAGCUCGUACUCCAGAAGGACGCUACGUAGUCCGCUUACCGUUCAAGGAAGAGGUCAUAAAUCAAGUUGGCGACAACCGUCGUACCGCUGUUCGUCGAUUCCACCUGCUUCAAGGUCGUCUAAUCCGCAACCCCGACCUUCACCAGCAGUACAAGGCUUUCAUCGACGAGUAUCUCGACCUCGGACACAUGAAGCGCAUUCAUGAUUACGAAGACCCAGAGGUACAGCACUAUUACCUCCCACAUCACGCUGUGAUACGAGAGGAAAGCACGACGACGAAGUUACGGGUCGUCUUUGAUGCCUCGUGUAAAACCCCGAACGGACCUUCGCUCAACGACGCUCUGAUGGUUGGACCAACGGUGCAAGAGGACAUCCGAUCGAUCACGAUGCGCUCCCGAAAGCAUCAAGUCAUGGUAGUUGCUGAUGCCAAGAUGAUGUAUCGUCAAGUUCUCGUCGACCCUCGUGACUGCCGAGUCCAACUCAUCGUCUGGAAACCAUCACCGGACCAUCCGAUGGAGACAUAUCAACUGAAUACCGUAACGUACGGUACUGCCAGCGCUCCUUUCCUCGCCACUCGGGUACUGAUCCAACUUGCCGACGACGAAGGUCAAUGUUUUCCCCUUGCAGCCAAAGCUCUGAAGAAAGACGUCUACGUUGACGAUCUCUUUUCCGGCGGAAGAAACGCAGCAGAAGUAAUUGAACUCCGGAACCAGCUAGAUGCACUCCUAGCAAAAGGCGGAUUUCAACUUCGCAAGUGGGCUUCAAACGAUGAGGUAGUACUCAAGGGAAUUCCACCUGAAAAUCGCGCACUCAAGACUUCCGUAGACCUCGAUCGAGAUCAGGUCAUCAAAACUCUCGGGCUACAUUGGGAACCAGCCUCAGAUUGCCUGCGAUACAAAAUCGACCUACCAUCUGAUACAGCAGACCAACCUAUUACUAAACGAAUCGCUCUUUCGCUCAUCGCCCGUCUCUACGACCCGCUUGGCUUAGUGGGACCUGUCGUAACUGCUGCCAAGGUUUUCAUGCAGAACCUGUGGAAACUGAAAGACGACAGUGGAUCUUCGUGGAGUUGGGACAAGGAACUACCGAUGGAGUACCAGAUCCAUUGGACAAAUUAUCAGUCUAAAUUGCCGCGACUCAACGAACUUCGCAUCGAACGCUGUAUUCUGCAACCCGAACCUGCAACGAUCCAGAUCCACAUCUUCGCUGAUGCCUCGCAGCUUGCCUAUGGAGCCUGUGCAUACGUCAGAUCCACUAAUGCAUCUGGAAUAGUUAAGGUUGCCCUCCUCACUGCAAAAUCAAGAGUAGCACCUCUAAAAAGGCAAUCGAUUCCUCGACUCGAGCUCAGUGGAGCACUACUGGCAGCGCAACUCUACGAAAAGGUUCAGUCAUCGCUCCGUCUCGACGCGAAAUGCUACUUCUGGCUCGAUAGCACCGUCGUACUCUGCUGGCUCAACGCAUCUCCUUCUACUUGGAACACGUUCGUUGCCAACCGAACAUCUAAGAUCCAGCUCACCACCCAGAAUAGCUCGUGGAAUCAUGUCGCUGGUCUAGAAAAUCCUGCGGACUGCAUUUCACGUGGGAUAACUGCAGACACUAUAAUUGAUUUUGACAUCUGGUGGCAGGGACCUGAAUGGCUUCGGCAACCUCAAGAUUGCUGGCCAGUAGCUGGAAGUACACACGAUCAACCUUCUGAGGCGUUGGAAGAAGCACGUCGAAUCUCCCUAGCAGUAUCGUCGUCACCAAACGAACCGUCAUUCGUCGACCUGCUCGUCGAAAAAUUCUCCGAAUACCGUUACCUUUUGCGUAUAGUCGCUUACUGCCGUCGUUUUCUUCAAAGCUGUCGAAAACAAUCCAGUGGACUGCCAAAUUCUACUCUGCUGAAAGUAGAAGAGAUCGAAGAGUGGAAGCAGCUUCAACAGUCGGAACCAGUAUCGAUGAAAUCUCGCCUCAAGUGGUUCCACCCGUUCAUCUCGUCAGAGAAGGUAAUUCGCAUCGGUGGCAGAUUGGAAAAGGCAGAACAACCAUACGAUAGCAAGCAUCAAAUUCUCCUGCCAGCAUCGCACAAACUUUCGCUGCUUUUGGUUCGCAGCUAUCACGAGCGGCAUCUCCACGCUGCUCCACAAUUGCUCCUCAAUCUACUUCGGCAACGGUACUGGAUCAUAGGGGCCAGGAACAUGGCCAAGCGUGUGGUUCACACCUGUGUUACUUGCUUCCGAGCACGCCCUCGAAUGCUGGAGCAAUUUAUGGCCGAGCUUCCUGCGUCGAGAACUACUGCAAGUCGACCCUUCACCAUUACAGGAGUAGACUAUUGGGGACCAAUUUCACUCAAGCCUAUACAUCGUCGUGCUGCACCCGGGAAAGCUUACGUUGCCGUGUUUAUUUGCUUCUCCACGAAAGCAGUACAUCUGGAACUUGUAGCAGAUCUCAGCACACCGAAAUUUUUACAAGCGCUUCGUCGGUUCGUGUCUCGCCGUGGCCUUUGCUCCGAUCUACACAGCGAUAAUGGUCGAAACUUCGUUGGAGCGAAUAAUGAACUUCGGGAUCUCGUUCGCAACAAGGAGCAUCGCAAUGCUAUCGCACAAGAAUGCAAUCUGCAAGGAAUUCGUUGGCACUUCAACCCUCCUAGAGCAUCCCACUUCGGCGGGCUAUGGGAGGCCGCAAUAAAGUCUGCUCAAAAGCAUUUCGUGCGGGUCCUCGGAAAGCACACUCUUGCCUACGACGACAUGACUACGCUACUGUGCCAAAUCGAAUCCUGUCUGAACUCUCGACCGAUUGUUCCACUGAGCGAUGAUCCUAGCGACUUUGAGCCACUCACUCCGGGACACUUUUUAACGGGAUCCGCCCUCAAGGCUGUUCCAGACGUCAAUUACAUUGAUAUCCCAACGAAUCGACUUCGACAGUGGCACUUGGUCCAAAAACUGUUCCAGGAAUUGUGGAAAAGAUGGCACUUGGAGUACCUUUCCACACUGCAGCCACGUACAAAAUGGUGCAAUCCACCUAUUCAGCUGCAGCAAAACCAACUUGUUGUUCUUCGCGACGAAAACACUGCACCAAUGCACUGGCAGACCGCUAGAAUCGACCAGGUUCAUCCCGGUUCAGAUGGAGUCAUCAGGGUAGUGACGGUCCAAACACCAACCGGCCGUUACGUUCGCCCGGUAUCAAAAAUUUGCCUUUUACCAGUGCAAUCAUCGUCCGACCAAAACCAACCACCACAGAUGUAA